AUGUCUUCUUCCGAAAUUAUCAUGACUCAACCCAAUGACGAACAUGCCUUUCUCAAUCACGCCGCCAGUUACAACCACCUUCCUGACCUCGCGGCAGCACAAGCAGCCGCUCACCCUGGCCUCCGAAGAACAUUCUCCGAUCUCACACAUCCCACCCAGUCGGAUUCACCGUCAAAAGAGGAUGUAGCAGCGGGUAAGGAUAUCUUGCGACGGACUUCCAUCCGUUCCAAGAACAAGCCCACCAUUGCCGUCUCGCGGUUCACUGUAUCCGCGGAGGACUUGUCCGACGCGACAACCGGCUCAGAAGCGACCUCAUUACCAGCCAAAGAACCCACCGAAACGAGACCCCCGUCGCCGGUAGCCCGUCCCUCCAAAGCUCGAUCGAUGUCAGGGAGACUCGUCAGUUUGGCCCGGAAACCAUGGUUGUCGAACUCGCCUCCAUCCGGGAAGAGCUCUCGGCUUCGGUCCCUGCGGACAGAGGAGCAAUCGACAUUGAAUCCGCCGGUAGCAUCAUCCAGAUCAUCGCGAUCGAGUCUGCAGUCGGACUCGGGCACCGAAUCUGAAAGCGCGGCCCCCACCCGACGAAGAACUAUACUGAACAAGCGCCCGCGGCGCCCCAUGGUUGCUGUCGUUACUCAGAGCCGAUUCGAUGGAUCGAGUACUCCCAGCAACUCAUCGCCUCAGUCGCUGAUGCCGAAAACAUCGUUAGAAAAGCUCGCCGCAUCACUCAACGUUUCGACACCCGUGCUCCCCCCGGUGCCCAAAACACCAGCCACCGCGAAUCUGGCCGCUAGCAUGGAAUUUCCGCGCAAGAAGGAUGAACUGUGGGGAGUGUUCCGCAAUCUCGAGGCUGAUUUUCAAAAGUUCCAGUCCAAGUCCAGUGCUUUGAAGGCAAAUGUCAUUCGCUCUUCCCUAUUACCCUUUCUCAACCGCAGCCAUUCGCACUCGUCGUUCAAGCAGUUGCGACCUGAAGACCUAGAUCGCCGAGUCAAUAUUCUCAACAAAUGGUGGAUUGGAUUGAUGGAGAUGCUGAACGGCAAGAACAACCAGUCAAUAUCUGGAACCGAUAGACCCGUGUAUCUGGAAGCGGUGGUAGGAAUAAUGACGCGCCCAGAAUGGAGAAUACCAUUUCCCAUGCCUCCGUCGAGUCGAAACUUCUCUAGGUCCUUGACAAAUGCAUCGACGUCGAUAUCAGAGUCGUCGGAUGGUUCCUCGGGCUCGGACUUCCUUCUGGAAUCUAUCCACCACAAUAUCAGGAACAUCUUCAUUCAGAACCUGCUCUCCCAGAUGGCUUUCGUGGUUGAGCGGAUGUCGAUGAGACAUGCUCCGGCCAGCUUGGUCGCUUUUUGCGGGAAAGCCUGUGCCUAUGCAUUCUUUUUCUGCCCUGGCGUGGCAGAUAUUCUUGUGCGAUUGUGGAACACACCACCGAGCGUCUUCCGGCGAGUCCUUGACCAGUCAAAACUGGACAAGGGUAGCGGAACACGCGCGUUGGCCCAGGAACUCACCGCAAACUUCCCGGCCGCCUUGCGCAGUCUAUCGUUCUACGCUCACACGGCACUUGUUCGGUAUCUUCGCCAAAAGCCCGAUGUUCCACUGAGUACCGCUCAAAUCCCGUGGCAGAGCCCUUGGGCAACUCGAUGGUGCGGUCGAGACACCGAUCUCUUCUUUGUCUUUGUCAAAUACAUUCAUGUGCUUUAUGCGGAUGCGCUGCCACCGGAGCUAGAAAAGUCAAAGCGUAUCCUGGCACCUGGCCUGUUGCCAGUCCACUCGCAGCUUCUGGUCGUUUUAGAGGAUACACUGUACAAGCAAUCAGUACCCCAGGUGCCAGACAGCACCCACACCGCGUCCGCUGUCACGUUCGACGAUUUCAUUGAGGGUGCCGAUGCAGCUGUCUCGGCGCUGCCCUUGGGGACCGCGAACAGCCAUCGAUUGAUGGCUGAAAACCGUCUCAUCAUCCUGCUGCGGGAUUUUCUCUCCGAAUCCUCCCUCGAGCCGAAUCAUGCCAGGCUAUUGUAUGCGGAGUCCUUUGGUACCAUAAUGAGGGCUGCUGCGGAGAAAACGUCGCUUUUCGAUCAUAACGCGUGCUUCCUUCUGUGUGACUUCGUCGAGGAAGUCAUCCCAAUCGUCACCCGAUAUUCUCUUUCCAUCGAAGCCGACUUGUUCGAUUGGAAGUUCUGGUUGGAGGUCUGCCGUCAGAUGAUGCAAAGCCACAACUCUCUUACUGAGGUGCGCGUGUUCGCUUUUCUCUUCUGCAUCUGGAGUACUUGGACCGCCUCGGAAGAGAGGAAAGCCGACCUCUGUCUGAAGUUCCUCCUGGACGAGUCUCUGUUCUACCAUUAUUUCAGUCAUUGGAGUCCCAUGGUUCGAGCAUACUUCCAGCGUCUGCUGUGUUGGAGAUUAGGUCGAUUUAGUGACGACCCGACCAUGCUCGACACCACCAUAUAUGAGACACUCUACAACCGGCUGCAGCGGACCUGGAAGUACUAUCAGGCUUUCCAGGCCAAAGCCGAGGAAGAGAUCUCGGCACCAUUGUCGUCCGCUCCCUGUACCCCGGCACCGGGGCGUAGGAUCAUCAUUAUUCGCUGCGAUAACCAGCUGUCUCCGUCUAGUUUCUUUGUAUCCUUCGAUCGCGUCAUACCUCCGGCUCCAGCGGAGAAAUCAACUCUCGCAGGUAGUGCGUUAUCGAAGCCGGACCCCGCGGAGAACCAACCACCCACCAAGAAGAAAUGGAGUAUUCUGAGAGCCAUGUUUGGGGGGUCGUCGAAUUCGAGAACUGGCGGUGAAGGGUCUUCGUCCAGUAGUUCCGAUGAGUCAGACUCCUCUGGUUCUGAUGCAGUGGGGAGGGCAGAGAAGCCACCAGACAAUCAGUGGCGGCAGCCCAACGGGCCCGGGGAGUUGGGGCGGCCUCGCACAGCGCAUCAGCCGUAUUCAUUCAAAUUCUCGCUGGAAUGGAUGGACCGGCCUCAGUGGCCGAGUAAAAACAAGCGACUAUUUACCCCUUGCCUUCCCGUGGGGUCGCAACUACAUCUCCAGCUGCGCAAGGCCCUGGCCAAGCAAUCGGAGUGUGAUACAACCUCCGAAUAUGUGUCCGCUACCGAGGGCGAUGAUGACGCCAUGAGUGACGGACGACAGACCAGCCCCUACUCCGACGACCAGGACGAGACGCCGACGGAGGACACCGCUGACUCCGACAAGACGACGGAUGGGCUAGACUUCAAGCUUGUUAUGAACGAUCGGUUCGCGGCGAGCAAAUACGCGGGCCGAGCACUAGCGGAAUGGGCACAGAUUGUGUCGGAGUGCGAUAACUUCUUCGCCCGCCGUCGCGAUGAGGGCGUGCCCUGCGAUCGAUUGGUCGAGACCCCAACGCUGGGCGUUGAGAGUUUCCGCAAGUGA